CCACCUACGCUGGAUCUCGGCUGCUGGAAGCUCUGGCAGAAAUAUCAGGAGUUCGCCUCGAUCAGUUGAACUUUGUGGUGUGUCAGCUGAUAGCAUUAUGUCUCGGCCCCGUGUAUCGUAUACAUCUCCACCCGGCCAAGGUCGGAGCAAAUGUCCGUCAUUUUGUGGCGGUGGUUGUUGGUAUUCUACUGAGCUACUUUUGCUUUGGAAGCCAAAUCGCUCACAUGUUUAUCCAAUCCAUUGUUUGCUAUGCGAUAAUGCGCUUGUCUCCUCCUGACAUGAUGCAUAAAUUAAUGUUUGUGUUUUCCAUACUCUAUUUGUCGGUCAUGCACAUCGAGCGACAAAUCUUUGACUAUGGUGUGUGGCAACUAGAUGUUACUGGACCGCUGAUGAUCUCCACUCAAAAAUUAACGACCCUCGCGUUCAGUAUCCAUGAUGGUAUGAUCAAAGACAAAUCAAAGUAUACGGAGGAACAAAAGAAACGAUCAAUAAGCUCUCCGCCCAGCGCUUUAGAAUUCUUCAGCUAUCUGUUCUACUUCCAUGGGGUAAUUAUUGGACCGUUCUGUUUCUAUGACGAAUAUGUCGAAUUUGUGGAGGGGAGGCAGUUUGAUAGAGCUUUAAAGGAGAAAGACGUAAAGCAAAAGGACUUCAAGGAGCCAACCCCAGUUAAAGCUGUGAUGUAUAAAUUAAUGGUCGCCAUGAUCAACUUGACGAUAUGGUUCACGUUAGCACAGUGGUAUCCUAAAAAACAGAAUGCAGAUGCAGACUUCAUCGCUGACAACGGAUUUAUAAUCCGUUUUAUUUUCCUCUUGUUUUCCGUAUUCUUCUCAAGAGCGAAGUAUUAUUUUGCGUGGAGUUUGGGCGAGGCGAUCAGCAACUCGGCAGGUAUAGGCUUCAAUGGCUUCGACAAGAAUGGAGACGCUAAGUGGGACUUGGUGAAAAAUGUAGAUAUUUAUGAAUUAGAGACUGCGACAAGCUUCCGCACGUUAAUCGCCAACUGGAACAUACAGACGACCAAUUGGCUCGGAUAUUGUGUGUAUACACGUGCCCCAUACUGGCGAACAUUCCUUACAUACGGUCUCAGUGCCGUCUGGCAUGGCUUUUAUCCCGGAUACUACCUCUCGUUUAUAGGGGGCGCUAUGUUCACCACAGCAGCUAGAAAUGUGCGGCGGACAGUGCGACCAUACUUCGUCACCUCGAAACUAAAACACCAAUGUUACGAUGUGGCCACCUGGUUUAUGGCUCAAUUAGCUCUUGCCUAUUUUGUCGUACCAUUCACCGUUUUAGAACUUGUACCCUCCCUUCGAUUCUUCCAUAAUAUGUACUGGUUUCUUCACAUUGCUACAAUCCUAGUGUUAAUAUAUCCUACACCUAGAUCACCGAGGCGAGAAAAGAAAGACCCAACAGAGGUGGCAAAUGGCCCGAAGGUAAACGGGGGCAAUACAGCUCUGGAAGACUCGACAGGGACUGUAGAAUCGAAUAAAAAAACGGACUAACCAUUUUGAAACAAUGCUCAGGACUUUUGAACAGUUUAUAAUCUGGCAGUGAUAGGUUCCAUUGUUGUUACAGUUAGGUUGGCCGGAAGCACUAGUGCUACUCUGUGCAUUGUGUGCAUUCAAUGCACUGUUGGAAGCACUAGUGCUACUGUGUGCAGUGUCUUGAGUGUGUGUUGAAUGCACUACUGGAAGUACUUGUGCAACUCAGUGCACAGUGUGUGUUGAAUGCACUGUCUUCAAACACCUGAACCUGGAACUAAGGGUACUAUAAAUUGGGUAUUUUUCACCCAAGUUUGAUUAAUGCCUCGCACAUUUUAGAAUAUUUUGGUCAGGUUUGAAUGGCAGACUUGUCGUAGACAAUUAGUGAAUGAUUCUACCAGUUGAGCUGAAGGUUUAAUUCAGACGACAUUUUCUGAAAUUCUGUUCAAAAUGAUCAAAAUGUUGCUGUAAUUUACAUUCACACAUGUUGUAACCCAUAUUGUACAUAGACAUUUUGUGAAUCACUUUCUAGAGAUGCAUUUAAAUACUCAUGUUAUGUGAUGUAAGGUUUUUAUUCGGGUGGUGUCGGCCAAUAUUGUUACGAACCUGCAAAACAGGUUUACAAUCCUGGAUCAUGGUCCCAAAAUGGUCAUCAACUGACGAAAUAAGUGCCACUGUUCAAUAGAUUUAUAGUUGAAUGCCUUCAAACUAUGUUAUUUCUAAUUGUGGAUUAUAAAUUUUAACCAACCUGUGUAGGGUUGAUUAAGAUGGCCUACCCUUCCGAAACGAAUCCCACCAUUGCUUCAUUGAGUUAUUUGAUAUUCUUCGUCAACUUUCACAACAAUAUUGUGACUUCUGUGCCUUCUUAUUCUUCCUAGGAGAUCGUGGGAGGACCUACAAAUGAUCCUAGGCUUAUCACAGGUCAGAAGUAGUGUAAAAUAGGUCAGUAGUUGUAGUGGUCUUCUAGAUGGCUUCAUCACAUCUGGAUGUAGCCAUCUAAGAAGUUGUGAUGUCUCCUGACAGAUUUUGCAGUAAGUUAAUUGAGUAAGCGAUAGAUGCACAAUGCUUGUUUAUGUUGACAGUAAACCGUGAAAUGUUCACAAACCCGAAACAGGCUAAUUUGCUCAUUUUAAAUCAUUCAGUCCGUUUGUUACUGUGGGAUACCGGUUGAAACUAAAAGUGGACCGGCCUAUUUCUAACACAGGCUACCUGACCUUCAAGUGUUUGCUGUGUGUUGCAUAGAAAAUGCUAAAUGUUAGAUUUUUCAUAUUCUAUUGUCUUUGUUAGUGUCGGAUAAUCGAGUGGAUAAAUUUAUGAAUUUGUUUAUCAUAAUUUGUUUUUUGUGCCGAGACUUUCUCCCACAAUAAGUUCCUCCCUAUUUGGCUGCAAACCUUGUCUUGCGCCGAAUGCAGAUAACACUAGGUUUGGUCCCAAAUUGGUUGUUUCUAUUCAAUUUGUCCUCUCUAAUCAGGACACCUCUCUAUUAAGGACAGCACUUGUCAGUCCCAAGGGUGUCCUUUAUAGAGAGGUUCCACUGUACUAGGGAAAAUUUUGUUUCUUGGGACCUAUAGUUUCCGGUCUCGGCCACUGAAUUCCAUUAGAUGAUUAGAUGAAAUAGGGGGGAAGUUUCGAUGAAUUUUUAGACUGCCUCUCUGUGUGCUAGGCAGAUGUCUUCUUUGUUAGCUAUAUAUACUGUACGUUUUCUUGUUGUUUUUUAGUGAUCUCGGUAACAUCUGAUUGGUUUCUAGGAGUUUCUAGGAGUUUCUUAGGCUAUUGAGAACAUCAGACAAUUGAGUUUUGGCAGUGUUGUUCAAUUUUCUGAAAUAAGCACAUUUUGAUUUUUUGCCUAUAACCAAGGAGAGAUAAAUUCUCUAUUUGUUCUCACUAUAACUUCUCUCGCUGUGCAUAUCAACUGAAACAUAUUAUCAUAAUGUGAUAUAAAACUUUUCUCGUUUAUUUAUUAUGUAUCCAUAGUGUUGUCACACCAGCAAGUUUUACUAGGCUUUGACUUAAUCUUUGCUAAAAGAACACCAUACUUGCUUUGCACCCUUGGUUUGAUAUUUGCCCUCCAGGGGGCACCUCUUUUGAUGAUUGACUUCAAAAUGCUUGUCCAUGUCAAGAAAUGAACCACCUUGUACCAGCAGUGUGUGAAAUUUAACAGACUGCUGGUCAACUUUAACUUUCAUGUCUUGAUGACCAGCCUAAAGUUGGCUACUAUUCCAUUUUCCUGAUUCCCAAGUCACAGCUAAAUUACUUAUUCCCUAUUCUCAGUCUAUUGGCUCAGUGAGAGAGCCAUAGGAAGCGUUAGGGUCAGUUUAUUUGUGGGAAUGAAGUCCCAAUCCACAUGGAAUGAAGUAGCCAACUGUAACAUCGUGUUUUUGCUGUGCCUUGUUUGUUGAAAGUUUUAGGCCUGGCCACUAGGGGGCAAUGAUUAUCAGUUUCUGAGCAAACUUGCAUUUAUGGGAAAUUCAUUGUUUGUAGUGCCAUCUUAAAGGCUCAGUCCUACCAUAUAGUUAGCUCACUUUGAAUAGUACAACAGUAGUAAUAAAAUAUUCUCAAUUAUGAAUUAUUGAUAGGACAUGUAAUGGCAGGACUGGGUCUUUGAUAUCCAAAGUUCGACUUGAAUCUGCUUGGCAACUUUUUGUUGUAAUUUUAGUGUUAAAAAAGAAGUGAAAGUGUGAAAUGCCAGGCCUGUUUGCACAUUUUUUUACAAAAUUACCUGCUGGGAAUGCACGAACACUUUCCUCUCCCGCAAGUGGGCGAGUUGUUGAAUAUUGGAUGGCCUUUCAAGUGGUGCCACCUCUGUGGAGGAUUGUGUACUAGCAUUUCCAGCCCACAACUAGGAAAUCAAUUUCAGGGAUUGACCUUGCUCUUAAAGGGAGACUACAGACAGAAGCCAGGGAGGUCAGAUUAUGUUACGGAAAAUUGCCGUCAGGGUCUCUUCUAUCUCACAAUAUAUCAAAACUAUUUAAAGUUGCACAAAUCGCUUAAUCAAAUAUGUCACCUGAAGACCCCAAAGUUGGCUCCCAGGUCCCUGCCUAUAGUCCCCCUUUAAUUCUGUUCAGAAAAUGUGUAACAACAUUUGGCACAUUUCAUACUGCAAGAUUUUAUUUGUAGAUAUUCAACGAAAAACGGUUUCUUGUGUGAAAUGCACUCAAUGAUAAAACAUGUUAAUAAAUUUGUUCUAGUAAA